CAGAGCAGAAGUACAGCAGACAAACAAAAACAAGCUUUAAAUGUGGCUGAUGAUGUUCCAACUAAUGUGAUGUAAGCUGAGAAACUUCUAGGUUUUGGCUUGAUUUUGGGGAAUCCUUUGGAGAACACUGAGGUUGUGGAGACAUUUACGACAAGCCUUUAUGGAGACUGAAGUGCAGCCGUCUGCUCAGGAACUGCAUGGAUCAUUUCUGCUCAGGCAGCUUGACAGAAUGAGAGCAGCUGAGGAGCUCACUGAUGUCGUCUUGCUGGCAGAGGGUAUUUCCUUCCCAUGCCACAAGGUGGUGCUGUCUGCAUUCAGCCCUUACUUCCAGGCCAUGUUUACAUGUGGUCUGAAGGAAACUCAAGGAGGAGAGGUGCCACUCAGAGACAUUCCUUCACAGUGCCUUGAAGUGCUACUGAAGUACAUGUACUGUGCUGAACUCCCGCUUUCCAACACCAAUAUCCAGGGAGUGGCUGCUGCUGCCUUCCUGCUUCAUGUGGAUGGAGCUUUUAGGUUGUGUCAGAGCCACAUGGAGGCCCACAUGGAUGCCUCAAACUGUGUUGGUCUGAACUACUGGGCCAGAGACCUUGGUGCUACAGAUCUGGCUGAAUGCGCUUUGAAAUACAUCUGCCAACACUUUACAGAGGUUUGUGAGGAAGAAGAAGUGCUGGAUCUUGAUGCCCAGCGUCUUGGGGAUAUUCUGAGUUUGGAUGAUCUCAACAUAUCGCAAGAGGAACUUGUGCUUGACCUGGUGCUACGGUGGCUUGAGAGGCACAGGAACAACUUGCAGAGCGAAGCCCAGGCUGUGGAGUUGCUCAGGCAUGUACGACUGGAGCUGGUUGACCCUGGAUUUCUUCAGAAAGCAAGGAGGAGGAACCCGGUCCUGCUGCGAGAUGCUGAGUGCUUUGGGAUGAUUGAUGCUGCCCUCCAGACCUCGGGUCUCUGUGAGACAUCAGCUCCACCUCGCCCAACUCUUCGAUAUGGCAUGGAGACAACGGAUUUGCUGCUCUGCUUGGGUGGAGUGAACACUGAGGACGUGCCAGCGAGACGUGGAGGAUUUGCUGACCAAAGUUUUUGUUUUGAACCUCGUGGUAGAAAGACGUACUACAUCCCUUCUCCACUAAGAGACUGUGAAGGUCAGAUCACAGCAGGAGCAGUGACCCAGGAUAGUAGCAUACUGGUGGCUGUAGAUACAGAGGAUCAACAGAGAAGGAGGAGGCUGGAUAUCUACAAAUUCAAUAAUUCAGAAGAUAAAAUCUGGGUGAAGUUGUGCUCUGCACCCUACAGAGACAUGUAUGCAUUGGAGUUGAUCGGAGAAGCUCUGUACCUGAUUGGCAGUCAAAUGAAAGUGCGCAAUCACUACGUUAUAACGGACAGUGUGGACAGAUGGUCACUGAAGAGAGGAAACAGCUGGCUCAGUUUUGCUCCUUUACCACUUGCUUUAGCCUGCAACUGCACUGUGAGGCUGCAGGAGCAUCUCUACGUGCUGGGGGGCUGGACACCACAGGACCAGCCGGAUGAUGAACCCGACAAACUGAGUAACAGAGUGUUUCAGUUUGACUCAGGCAAAGAUAGGUGGACAGAGUGUGCCAGGAUGAAGUACUCCAGGUACCGCUCUGGCACAGCGGUCCUCAACGGAGAAAUCUACAUAUUAGGUGGUAUAGGAUGUGAUGGUGAGGAUUGUGGACAAUCACGUCGCUGUCUGAGCUCUGUAGAAAUAUAUAACCCAGAUACAGACACCUGGAGGCCCGGUCCAACACUCCCAACAACCUUACUUUCCCUUCGAACCAACGCCUCCAACAUAGGAGUUUUAGAAGGAAAGCUCUAUCUUUGUGGAUACUAAAGGGGAUGUGGUCGUCAUGAAAUCAUCACCAAGGAGAUUUUGGAGUUAGACCCUGCAGACAAUGUUUGGACGGUUGUGGAGAGACGAGCAGCGAUGCAUGACAGCUAUGAUGUCUGUCUGGUGGCUAAUCUCAAUCCACGGAACCUCAUGACACCCUGACUCAAGCUCGUCCUCAAGACUCUCUGAGCAACAAUGCGGGGGCCUGAUAUGUGUGUGUGUGUGUGGCGGGGGGGACUGAUUAAACUUCCAUUCUUACAAAGCCUUAUUCAAACAUGAAUAUUUUGUCCCACAUGUCAUACGUCUCAAAACAAGAUCAAAUGAAAUUAGCUUGUGUUCUGGUGAGUCAGUUCACCACUUGACAGAUAAAAUUAAUAACUUUUACAUAAAUUGCUUUUAAAAUAAAAUAGAGGCUUUGUCAGAAGCUUGUAGAAUCGUUUACUUUCUCCUAAAGUUGUCUGUAAAGCUCAUUAGCACAAAAUCAGAUUUUCAAAGCUUCCUCUACAUAAACAUACAAUAAUUUCAGGAUAAACUUUCUAGUAUUGUUAUAUAAAGUGCACUCCACAUGUUUUAGCACCCUUGGUAAAGUUGUGUAAAAACAAUUUAUUAGGAUGUGCAAAAACUAUUUCUUGCAGUGGCAUAGUUUUAGAAAUAUCUCAACUUUAAUUUAGAAUAUGUAUUCA